GAAACGGAACCACAGCGGGAGCAGAGCGAACACCCGGGCAGCUUUACAGACGGACUCAGUAGCUUCCAUGACAGGCAGCAGUUAACUACUAAAUCGAGUUGAUGUUGGUGUCUCUGUCAGCCAUGAUGUCACAUGGAUUCAAAAGCAGUAAGCAGGACUUCACCUUCGGGCCCUGGAAAGUGACGGCAGCCAGAAACCACAUCAUGAAGUCCAAAGACAUCGAGCGGUUAGCAGAGGAGAUGAACAUGCCCUCCCUGCCUGAGAUGCUGUUUGGAGAUAACGUCCUCAGAAUCCAGCACGCAGACGGCUUUGGCAUCGAGUUCAAUGCCAUCGACGCGCUGAAGAGAGUCAACAACAUGGAGGAUGCUGUGAAGGUGGCGUGUGCUCAGGAGUGGCAGGAGAGCAGAGCGGACUCUGAGCACUCCAAAGAGGUUGUGCGUCCGUACGACUGGACCUACACCACAGACUACAGAGGCACUCUAAUAGGAGAGGAUAUGCAGAUGGGGGUGACGAAGACGUCAGAGCGGAUCGACUUGGAAAAGCUGAAGGCGCGGGAACAGAUCAUGUUCUUCGACGAGGUUUUGCUCUUUGAGGACGAGCUGCACGACCACGGAGUGUCCAUGAUCAGCGUCAAGAUCAGGGUGAUGCCUACCAGUUUCUUCCUGCUGCUGCGCUUCUUCCUGCGAGUGGACGGCGUCCUGAUCAGAAUAAACGACACUCGGCUCUAUUACGAGGCUGGAAAGAGUUACAUGCUGCGAGAGUUCAGUACGAGGGAGAGCAGGAUCACAGAGCUGAAGAACGUUCCACCUGCAUUGUACACUGAUCCCAAUGAGAUUGCUCAGCAUCUGACCCUCAAGCUGACCGAGUGUGAGCGUCUGGAGCUUCCUCAUCCGAACUCAGCUGCUGACGAAGAGCUGCAGUGAUUGGUCGGACUGUAAAACUGAUGUGCUGCAUGAUGAAGAGACAUCCACUGAUCUCCUGGAUGUCCUCACACACACACACACACACACACACACACGUGUACAGUAUAGUUUUUAUAUGUGACCCCUUGAUCAUCUGUUUCAGGAUUUAAACUGUAACAACUGUAAUAAAAACUCGGUUCCAGUUAAACUCCGUGAACACAUUUAGUUGAAUUAAACAUUUCCCCCAGUUGUUUAUUACACUUUGAGGAAAAAAAAAAAGAGCUUUGUAGAAAAGCUUCUGUGUUUGUUUUUAGUAGUUUAUUGAUAUGUUUGUAAAAAGCAUCACUGUUAAUAUUUGAAGUCAGUCAGUCAAUGUGUCUGUAAAUAUGUCUCCUGUGUUUUCUACAAUAAGUCGGACUGAUCCAGAACCUGUGAAAAUGUCAGAAGUACGGCCAAAUAAAUUCACAAUGUGCAAAAUA